CUGCUUGGUGUCAGAUCUGAGGUGAGUCUGUGGGAUUAWGUUGGCAGAUAAUCAGAGGUAAUUUCGUUUUAGCCCAAAUUAUGACUGAAAACAUCACCUCAUUCCUGGAUAUUUUAAUGUGUUCGACUUCGUUCAGAUUAGUUUGUUAUUUUCUCUUCACGAGCAUCAUUUAAGUUCAGUUUUCCUCGAACAUGCGUUUAAAUUUGCGAGGAUUGUUGUGAGUUUUUCCUUCUUUUUGGCAAACAUGCGCCGCUGGGAUUCGACGGUUUUCACCCGGAAGGCUUAUGGAAUAUAGCCCGGUUCGCCCCAGCCCGCAUGCCUUCUGGUCCAGCCCCGGGAAGAAGAAGCUCGUCCUGCUCAGCGUCAUGUUCUUAGUCUGGGUCUACAUGCUGUACUCCUGCGUGGGCUACUGCUCCACGGUGCCGGGGCUGCCGCUGCUGGAGAGCAGCCGGGCCAGGGAGCAGGAGGCCGGCGGCGGGGCGGACCUGGUGUCCAGACUCAUGUCCAAGCCGCCGCAGCCGUCGUGGGAGGACGUGGAGGGGGACUACGAGGAGCCCCCGUCGCCCCUGGUCAGCAGGACCAGAGACCUGCUCACUAACGAGCCGGAGCCGGACUGGGACCAGCAGCGCAGAGCCCCGGAGCCCGGCACCAUGUCCAGCUUCUCCAACGGCUCCGGGAGCAAGAAGCUGCCGCAGGCGAUCAUCAUCGGGGUGAAGAAGGGAGGAACCCGGGCUCUGCUGGAGUUCCUGCGGGUCCACCCGGACAUCCGAGCCGUGGGAGCAGAACCGCACUUCUUCGACCGCAACUAUGAAAACGGACUGGACUGGUACAG